AUGGCGGUCUCGGCCCGCAAGGCACCACCGAUCUUUUCAAACAUUCGGAGCUUUCCGCAUCUGGCUGUAGAACAAAACGACAUUCUUAUCUUAGCGCGCCACGCCACCAAAAUCGAGUAUAUAACAACAGCCACGUUUCCGUUCAUCUUUGAUGUGCCCCGUAAGGUCACGCAUGCCUCUUCGCCAGAAAGAGGACAAAUGCCAUCGGAGAAGCUACAGCACACCAAACGCCAUGGGCAUUUUGCGAUGCGAAAUCCGGAUGCGAAGGAUAUUCUUCUGUCUCAGAUUCUCGUCAUCAUAGCAACAGUCCUCGUCAUCGCUCGUCUGAACCUCCGUCUCCGAAUCCAAAAGCGAAAGCUACUGCUCAGCGACAUCUUCAUGGUAGUAGCUUGGAUAUCUGGCGUUAUCACAGCUGCUUUCUCGCCCGCGUUUGUGGUGCUGCAUGCGUUUGACCCAAGUGUUCAUACGACGUUGCGGGGAUACCAUGGAGGAUCUGCAAACUUGGUCCUCAUACUCAAGUUACUGUUUGCAUCGAGCUUUCCCUUUUAUACGACGCUCUACUUGUGCAAGGCUGCCCUCCUUGCAGUUUACAUACAAGUAUUUCCGGCGUUUAUGACCAAGAGGCGGAAAUUCCUUUGGGCGACAAUUUGGAUCGUCGGUAUCAGCUAUGUUAUCACCAUCGUGGUAUUGUUCUGUAUUUGCUUGCCCAUAGAUAGAAGCUGGGACCUCAGCCCUUCAAGGACAUGUCCGAUGUGGACGUAUGCCUUCACCUUUCAUGUUGGCUGGGGACUGUCAUUUCUGGGAGAUUUGCUCGUAUUCAUCCUGCCUUGGUUAAUAGUACCAGCUUUGCACUUCCGAACAGCUCUGAGACUUGGUAUAUACUUCAUAUUCCUUCUCGGUACCGUCAACAUGGCUGUUAGUCUUGUUCGGUUCGUCAUGCUCUGGAAGGCUGGUGCUGAUUAUAGCAUCUCAUUGAGUACAAUAGUGCUCUGGAGUGCCCUGGACGUCAACAUAGGCCUCGUCGUCGCUUGCCUCCCAUCACUCCGUCCAUACUUUGGGUCACGAACGAAGUCCCAAGAACCAAGCCGCGGAAGCCACAGCAGUGAGUCCACGCGGAAACACUCUGGGUUUGGAAAUCGAACCAUGUGUUUUCACUGCAAGCAACAGGAUGAAGAGGCGUGGCCAUCAUUGAGCGGCCAUGCAAGGUACUCGUUGGGGGACAAGCCUGUGGUUGGACCUUGGGACAAUGCAAAGGAGGUCCAAAUUAUCACUGACGUUGAGUUGAGAGCUCUGCCGGAAGCGAGAACGAGAGACGUCAAAUAUGGUAGAUGGAGUCAUGAACAGUGGCUAUAGAAUAUCGCUCAUGGUUUUAUUGAACUCGU